CGGUCGUCAGUAGUGGGAGGAACCGGGCAGGAGGAGGCGGAGGGGGAAGUUCAUUGAAGUUUAGUGACGUUGAGGUGGAAACUUGCUGAGUUCAGACCCGCGAUUAAGCACCAGCUCCUCCACCACCUCCACCUCCAGCGGCAGCGGCAGCUCGCACUGGGGGGAAGAUGGCGCGGAGCUGCGUCCGUGCCACGUCUCGGUUUCCUCUGCACCCCAGAGAAACGGUCACAUUCGCCGCCUGGCUCUGCGUAUGUCUCCUCUUACCCUCGGCUGCGGAGGCCGGACUCUACACCUCCUCCGACCAGAUCAUAUCGCUGACUCCGGAGAACGUGGAGUCGGUGCUGGUGAACUCCACCGCGGCCACGAUGGUGGAGUUUUACGCGUCGUGGUGCGGCCACUGCAGGAGCUUUUCUCCAGUCUACAAAAGUCUGGCCAUUGACAUUAAAGAGUGGAAGCCAGCUGUGGACCUGGCAGCAAUAGACUGCGCUGUAGAUGUGAACAGGAAGUUCUGUAUCGUCCAGGGCAUCACAGGGUAUCCUACCAUGAAGUUCUUUCAUGCCUACUCCAAGGCUGACUCCAAGGGACUGACUUUCAAAGGUUUUCCCCGCGAUGUUCAAGGUCUCAGACACAGGAUCAUAGACAAACUAGAAACCCAAAUGCCCUGGCCCCCCGCCUGCCCCCCACUGGAGCCCACCAGCGAAGCAGAGCUCGAAAGCUUCUUUGAGACAAACAAUGUUCAACACCUGGUCCUGAUCUUUGAAGAAGCCAACUCCUACAUCGGCCGAGAGCUUACCCUGGACCUGUUACAGUUUGAAAACAUUGCCGUGCGAAGGGUCCUGAGCACCGAGAAAGGACUGGUGACCAAACUGGGAGUGACUGAGUUCCCAUCGUGUUUCCUCUAUUAUCCUGGAGGCAACUUCACCAGACUCCACGUAAGCAUCCAGAUGCAUUUAGACGAAGGCUUAGUAACUCUCUCCACACCUUGUUUGCACCAUAAUGGAGUAAUUAAUUUGUUUCCACUGUGCUCUGCUGUUUUGCGCCUGCAGUACUUUCCAGGCCGUCCCAUGGUGAUGAACCUGUUGAAGAGUUUAAGCUCCUGGCUACAGAGCCAGACUGGAGAUGAGAUUUCCUACGAGGCCUUUAAAGAGAUACUGGAUAACUCAGCACAGUCUCCAGACACGGCUUUGCCUGAAGGAGAGAAGUGGGUGGGCUGUCAGGGUUCACAGCCUCAAUUCAGACGUUAUCCUUGUGGGGUGUGGACUCUCUUCCAUGUUCUCACUGUCCAGGCCAAGAAGGCCGGAAGCUCAGAUCCUCAGGAGGUGCUGACUGCGAUGAGGAACUACGUCAGCAGCUUCUUCGGCUGCAGGCCGUGUGCCGAGCACUUUGAGAACAUGGCGAGGGAAAGUCUGAUGAUGGUGAACACGUCGGUGGCGGCCAUCCUCUGGCUGUGGAAACACCACAAUCGCGUCAACAACAGACUUGCAGGGGCUUUGAGUGAAGACCCCAACUUCCCAAAGAUCCAGUGGCCUUCACCAGAAAUGUGUCCCUCCUGCCAUAUGGUGAGGGAAAACGGGGACCACAGGUGGAGCCAAGAGAAGGUGCUGCCCUUCCUUGUGUCCUACUUCUCCUCCGACAGCAUCCUCACAGACUAUCUUGAAAAUGAAAGCCAGAUCCUGACAAAACAGAGGGAAAAACAGGCCAGCAAGCAGCGAGCUUUAGAAGCUCAGAAACGUGUUGAAAGGAAAGCCAGGGAGGCCUCAGACUUCAUGAUGCAUCCUCCAGUACAGCCCACUGUGCAAGAAGAAGAAGAGGAGGAAGAGGAAGAGGAGGGAGAGGAGCCACAAGAUGAAGCAGUGACAGAUGAAGAGGAUGAAGGUGCGGAGGGAGCGGCGGCAGUAGAUGAGAUGGGCAGUAAGACCUCUGAGCCGAGUCCUUGGGCCAAACCUGAAAUGGAGUUGGGUCGAAGGCAGCAGCAGGCCCGCAGAAAGCCGAGCAUUGUGGGGAUGAGGAUGCGAGACACACAGGAGGACAUUGUGGAUCUGGACUCAUUUGUCAAUCAGCACUACAAGGCCAAGGCUCUGCAGUUGGCCGCCUCCAGCCGGGUCAAACAACGCACCCUGCAGAGGAAGGUGGAGCAGGAGCCAGGGCCUGUGUUCAGACUCGGCAUGGAGCUGGACGCAGGGCUCGGGAUGGUGGGCCUGCAACCUAUGGAGGCCGACUUUGACCUGGACAUGGGGCAGAAGAGGGUGCGGCUGCAAAAGCGAGAACUGACGGGCCAGUACUUUGGCGAGGAGUUGAGCCACAAGGGACACUGGAUGUCUAUGCUGAGCAUCGGAUUCUCCAAAGUGGACAUCAGCCUGUGUGUCAUUCUUUACCUUCUGUCCUCUAUGUGUCUACUCGCCAUGUACCUGUUCUUCAAAAACCGCUUCAGGCUACGACGGGUUAAAAUAUCCCUGCCCUGAACCAAAGAGUGUCCAGAUCUGAGCUGAGUCACAGCAAUGAUUAACAUUCAUUAGGUUCAUGUAGGCUAAGGUUGGGGUUAGUGUAAGGGGAUGUGCCAAGAUUAAUGUCAUCUUAAGGUGGUCCACUUAAAUGUUACCUACAGCGCAGGAAGCCAAGGACAUGUUUGUUUCCAGAUGUUAUGGAAGUGUCUGACUAGAGGAGGAAGGGAACAUUACUAUCUUUACAUCUUGGAAAAUCAUGAGACUUAUGUAUCCUUGCACUUAAUCCGUCCUCCAAGUCUUUUAGGCAGCAUUUCCACUGUGGUUCACAUAUAUUUCUGUUUGGGCUUUGUGCUUAAGUUAAGGAUAACAAAUUGCGCUUUUGAUUUACCACUUAUGAAGGAUGAAAUUAAUUUAACAUUUUUUAAAUUUGUAUGAAAUAAAUUACCUAUAAUACAUAUUUGGGAGGUGGGGGUUGUGCUACAGAAUUUGUUUUCGUUGUUUUAUUGAAGUUAUGAAAGCCUCCUAAUUCCCUGUGUACUAUGACCAAAAAAUUAAGUUUCACCAUUGAUUUGUAUAUAGUUAAUAUGUUAAUAAUAUUUGAAUCAAUUGAUUUAAAUACUCAAAUAGUUGAUCUUUCAGUGAUUUCAAAAAUAAUCUUAAAUUACUGAUUUAAGAUGUCUGUCACUGUUUGUUAAGUAAUGGAAUGGUGAAAAAACAAUCCCAUCCCCUAAAUUCUUUGUGAGUUCUUCUAAAAGUGUUGUGUGACUGCAGCUUAUGCUGAAUACUGUGACUGGACCAGAAGGUGCUCAGUCGCUUUCUCCAGAGAAUAGCCGAUCAGCCCUUUGUUCUUCAGCUCCUUUGAGUAGGUCUACAUUACACUGAGUUUUACAUCACGUCUUUGAGUAUUACAUCACACUGCUGAGCCUACACAACAGCUACUUGUGUUGUUUCUGAAGUGUUGUGAAGUGAUGCAUAUGUUCACACUGGACAAGGUUUGAGAAUAAGCAGGAUUUGUUUUUGGCUGGUGUCCACGAUGUGAAGAUUCUGCUGACCAUCUCAAACGCACUGUUCUGCUUCUGUCUGAAUCAAUAAAAUUAUUUUUGAUAAGGA